CGCCGGACGGGGCCGGCCCGGUCGCUGCCCCCCGCCGCGCCGACAUGGGCUCCUGAAGUUGCACCGGCCGCUCGCUGCUCUGCUCCGGGACGAGGCCUGACAGGUAAUUACAUGUGUGCCCCCUGGUACUGGGCUUGGCUGGAAUGCUUGGGGGUACAGAAGAUCCUUCUAGAGCCUCCCUUUUCCUACCCCAUUUUGAGAAGAUGGCAAAAGUCAACAUAACUAGAGACCUCAUUCAUAGGCAGAUAAAGGAGCGGGGUGCAUUGAGCUUCGAGCGGCAUUACCAUGUCACAGAUCCAUUCAUCCGGCGCCUGGGCCUAGAAGCUGAGUUGCAGGGUCACUCAGGAUGUGUAAACUGCCUGGAAUGGAAUGAGAAAGGAGAUUUGCUAGCGUCUGGCUCCGAUGACCAGCACACCAUCGUGUGGGAUCCCUUGCACCACAAGAAGCUCCUCUCCAUGCAUACGGGGCACACAGCCAACAUCUUCUCUGUCAAGUUUCUGCCUCAUGCUGGGGAUCGGAUCUUGAUCACGGGAGCAGCUGAUUCUAAAGUACACGUGCAUGACCUGACUGUGAAAGAGACGAUCCAUAUGUUUGGAGACCACACAAACCGGGUGAAGCGCAUCGCCACGGCCCCGAUGUGGCCCAACACCUUCUGGAGCGCUGCAGAGGAUGGGCUCAUCCGUCAGUAUGACCUUCGAGAGAAUAGUAAACACUCAGAGGUGCUGAUCGACCUGACCGAGUAUUGUGGCCAGCUGGUGGAGGCCAAAUGCCUCACAGUCAACCCCCAAGACAACAACUGCCUGGCGGUAGGGGCCAGUGGACCCUUUGUGCGGCUCUAUGAUAUCCGAAUGAUCCACAAUCACAGAAAAAGCAUGAAGCAAGGCCCUUCAGCUGGUGUGCACACGUUCUGUGACCGGCGGAAGCCCCUCCCUGACGGUGCUGCCCAGUACUACGUGGCAGGGCACUUACCAGUGAAGCUGCCGGACUACAAUAACCGCCUUCGAGUGCUGGUUGCUACCUACGUCACCUUCAGUCCCAAUGGCACCGAGCUGUUGGUCAACAUGGGAGGGGAACAGGUCUAUUUGUUCGACCUGACGUACAAGCAGAGACCAUAUACCUUUCUCCUGCCAAGGAAAUGUCACUCAUCAGGGGAGGUCCAGAAUGGCAAGAUGUCCACCAAUGGCAUGUCCAACGGGCUCCACCUGCACAGCAAUGGCUUUCGAUUGUCAGAAGGCAGAGCACACGUAAGUCCCCAAGCAGAGCUGCCUCCAUCCCUAGAGCGAGUAAAGCAGCAGGCCAAUGAGGCUUUUGCCUGCCAGCAGUGGACUCAAGCCAUCCAGCUUUACAGCAAAGCUGUGCAGAAGGCCCCCCACAACGCGAUGCUCUACGGGAACCGAGCUGCUGCCUACAUGAAGCGCAAGUGGGAUGGGGACCACUAUGAUGCCCUGAGGGAUUGCCUCAGGGCCAUCUCCCUGAACCCCUGCCACUUGAAGGCUCAUUUCCGUCUAGCCCGAUGCCUCUUCGAGCUCAAGUAUGUGGCUGAGGCCCUGGAGUGUCUGGAUGACUUCAAAGGAAAAUUCCCGGAGCAGGCCCACAGCAGUGCCUGUGAUGCUCUAGGCCGGGACAUCACUGCAGCUCUCUUCUCUAAGAGUGAUAGUGAGGAAAAGAAGGGUGGCGGUCCUGUGCGACUGAGGAGCACCAGCCGAAAGGACUCCAUCUCCGAAGACGAGAUGGUGCUACGGGAGCGGAGCUAUGACUACCAGUUCCGGUACUGUGGGCACUGCAAUACCACCACCGACAUCAAGGAAGCAAACUUCUUCGGCAGCAAUGCACAGUAUAUUGUCAGCGGUUCGGAUGAUGGCUCCUUCUUCAUCUGGGAGAAAGAGACUACUAACCUGGUGCGUGUGCUGCAGGGGGAUGAGUCCAUCGUCAACUGCCUGCAGCCCCACCCCAGCUACUGCUUCCUGGCCACCAGCGGCAUCGACCCCGUCGUGAGGCUCUGGAACCCUCGGCCCGAGAGUGAAGACCUCACAGGGCGAGUGGUCGAGGACAUGGAGGGGGCUUCUCAGGCCAACCAGCGCCGGAUGAACGCUGAUCCCCUGGAGGUGAUGCUGCUCAACAUGGGCUAUCGGAUCACGGGCCUGAGCAGUGGAGGCGCAGGGGCUUCUGAUGAUGAGGACAGCUCUGAGGGGCAGGUCCAGUGCCGGCCCAGCUAAGGCCUAGCCUGCGCCUCCCACGUCCUCACCGGGGAGGAGGAGGAGGAGGGGGAGGGGGAGGGGUUUAGUUCUGGUUUUUCUUUUUGUUUUGGGGUUUUUUAUCCCCCUCCAGACUCCCCCCACCCCGUUUUGUUUGUUUGUUUGGGGGUGGAGGGUGGGGGACAGUACAGCUCAUUGGCUUCCAGACUCUUGGGGGUGACUGUUCCAGGCCCAGAGCAGAAGCUUCUUCCAGCAGCCUCCCUCCUCCUGCCCCUGGCAGCAAGUCCUCUGGCAUCAGGCUGCUGGGAAAGGGGGUUAGGCAUGUGUGAGGGCAAGAGUGUAGCCCCAGUAAGUGGAGCCCUUCUAUGACUACAGAGGGGGUCAUGGGGUGUGAAGGAGGAAUCUUGGGCUACAAAUGCCCUUGGCUCUGGUUAGUUUUUGUCCUUGAGUCCUUGGAGAGCUGGCCUGUCUCCCUGCGUCCUCCAGGGUGGUCAGGGAUGAGGCUUUGGCCAAGUCUGGCAUCUGCUCAGCGCUCCUCCUCCCUUCUUCCCUGGAGGCAGGGUCCUGAAGUGGUGGGAGCAGACUGAAGGAAAGCAAACCUCACCCCACCCUGGCUAGACUGGAGAGUGCAGGCUAAUGCAGCCUCAUAGGAGGAGAGCUCCCUGGUCCUGAUGUCCUGGCCCCCAGUUCUCUCUCAAUUAGCAGCCUCAAUUAACUCAUUCCCUUUAUGUUCCUGGGAAAGUGGUUGGGGCCUAGAGCCACUGGCCCUGGCAGAGAAUAGCCUUUCACUAUGCUAAUACCCCCUCUCCAACUCUGCUUGGCCUCACUGUGACCUCUGCCCCAGAGCCUGUUGGCAUCCUCCCCUGCCCCUCAUCUCUUCCAGCAUCAAUGCUGAGCAUAAUGCUAAGUAAGGGCUCCUUUCUACCAUCCCUCCCCUGGCUAUGGAGUUCUCUCCUCCUGCCUUUCCUGUCCAUUUUACAUUCCCUGUUGUGCUGAGCCUCUGGACACCAAGGAAGUGACGGCUUUCCUGUCUGUCUCCUCCAUAGGGGCCACCCCACCCCUCAUGUCCAUCUGCACAUGCUGGUGGAGAAGAGGGUCUCAUUCACCCUCCCCCAUGUCCUCCUCUUCCUAUAGAGUGUUGCACCAGCCAAGGCUUCCACUGCCCCUUGCUUCUCAGGUCCCACCCUCCCCACCUCCAAGCCAAGGACACUUGGAAAAGGUAGAUACUAUUCUCCCCACCUUCCAGUCAGAAGGAGGGCACUUCUGAGCACCUCUCUGCCUCUGCUGGCUAGUCAGGCUGAGAAUCAUUUUAAAAUCCAUUUCAUUGUUUUAAAAGCAAAAUUAGGGGUGGGUUUGGAGGAAAGGUGGACAGUGAAGGUCUCGGGGCGUCUUUCUGCUGCUUCACUCCCUGAAAGGCAGGGGCAGCUUCUCCCUACCUUCUUUCCUUCCCCUCCCCUCCCUCCUUUCCUCCUUCCCUCCUUCCUAUCCUCGCUUGGUAAUGAAGUAUAUUUAUUGGUGAAGGAGACAGCUGCUGCUGGGACUUGCUCUCCCCUCUCUUUCCCCUGACUUUUCUAACCCAGAAAGGGAGAAGCAGGUGGGCAGGGCUCCCUGAGGAGGGAGGGGAUGGGAGGCCUGGCAUAGCCCCUUAGCUUUCCUGCCUCUAAGCCGACACUCACUCUGCUCCAGCCCAGGGCCCUCCACCCUCCCCCCAGUGUGGAAGAAACACAAAAGCCUUACUGUCUACUUGGGCAGGAGCAGAAUAUUUUUGUUCCUCUGCCCCCCCCUCCCCACCCCCAGCAGAGUGAGGGUGAUGAUGCAAUUGAUUAAAAAACAUUUUGUUCUAG